UUCUUAGAGGCUCUUUGUUCUUCUUAACUACUAGAUCUCUCUUUUGUUUCAUCUCAUUCUUCUUCUUAUUCUUUAUCAUCAGCUUCUUAUUUUAUUCUCUGCUUUCUGCUAUCUCGUGGCUCUGACCAGCUCCCGAGUUGUUCGUUUCUGGUUAAUGGAUAUUGAACCCUCUUGGGAUCUUGGGGGGUGGGUUAUUUCUUUUUCUAAAUUGCAUGGCAACAUCAAAUGACCAAACCAAUACUAAAUCAUCACAUUCUCAUACUCUUCUUCUUUUCAUCAUAUUCUUAUCUUUCAUUCUCUUCAUCAACCUUAUGAUCCCCAUGACUCAUCAUCGAUCCACAUCUACGGUUGCUCCCUUCGAGAGGGUUCUUCUCGAAACUUCCGUUCCAGCUUCAUCAACAAUGGAUCUGCAUCGAAAGGCUCGCACACGUCGCAGCCAUACUUCUAGAAGGAGAAAGUUUGCAAAUGAUGAUCAUGAAGUUCCUAGUGGUCCAAACCCUAUUUCCAACUAGGUGAGCUGGCGUAUCUGGUUUUACCCGUGAGUUUGAAGGAUUUUUAUAGAUCAAUAUGAUAUCAUAUGGGCGAUGCUUCUUAUCGAUGGAGACCGGAGAAGAACUUAACUGUUAUGGAUUUAGAAUAUAUCUUUGGAUGAAUCACUUUGGUACCCAUCAUUUCCUUCUUACGUCUUUUGUCCAUUUAUAUUGCUUGGGUACCAUGUUUUAAGUUUUGAUUAGAGUUGUAAAGAAGAGGUAUACUAUUAUUCGUUAAUCGUUUACAUGUGUA